UUCGGGCCGUCAAUUGACUUGAAAAUGAAUACUUGUCAUUUCAUUCCUUUUUAUAAAUCCCCCCACUCCACCUUCACUGAGUUGUGUCUUGCCAGGCCUUGUUGGGUCUUAUCAUUCGGCUCAAGUUGCUUUGGAUUCAUGCUUUCACAUUCACUGGACUGGAGUUAGCCGUUUGGGUUGUGGUCAGAUUGAGAAGAUGGUGAAGAAAAGCAUGGUGGGACUGAUGGACAGUGUAGCUGGAACUGUGGUGGUACUCAUCAUGGUUGUUGUGACUGUCAAUGCUUUUGAUGUGGGUCUGACUCUGAUGAAGAGCGCAGUGGCCAAAGGAGCUGUUUGUCUAGAUGGAAGCCCACCAGCUUACCACUUUGACAAGGGGUCUGGAACAGGAGUAGACAACUGGAUCAUUUUCUUUGAGGGAGGUGCAUGGUGUAAUGAUGUUGCUACAUGUUCUGCACGGAAGACGACUAGCCUGGGUUCAUCCAAGUACAUGGAUAAGACAGUAACAUUCUCAGGCUUUUUAGGCAACAAUAAAGAAAGAAACCCAGACUUUUAUAAUUGGAACCGCGUAAGAGUUAAAUACUGUGAUGGAGCCUCAUUUACUGGAGAUGUGGAGGCAGUAAAUCCGGCUGAUAAAUUGUACUUCAGAGGACAAAGGAUAUUCCGAGCCCUCAUUGAUGAACUUCUGGCAAAAGGAAUGAUAAAUGCUAAGCAGGCUCUCCUUUCUGGGUGCUCUGCUGGGGGUUUAACUACAAUCCUCAACUGUGAUAAUUUUAGGGCGCUUAUACCAAAGACUACUAAAGUCAAGUGCUUUGCUGAUGCUGGAUUUUUUAUUGAUGGGAAGGACGUUUCUGGGACAAACCAUAUAAGGUCUGUCUUUAAUGGUGUGGUGACAUUACAGCAAUCACUCAAGAGUUUACCAGUUGCAUGUACCUCAAAAUUCGGUGCUCAGUGCUUCUUUCCACAGUAUCUUACACCAUACAUAAAAACACCACUUUUUAUAUUAAAUGCGGCGUAUGAUUCAUGGCAGGUUAAAAACAUUCUGGCACCAGGUGUAGCAGAUCCUCAUGGGACGUGGCACGACUGCAAGCUAGAUAUAAAGAAAUGCAAUUCACAACAAUUGGAAACAAUUCAAAGUUUCAGACUGGAAAUCCUUUAUGCACUAAAAUCAUUUGAGAGCUCACCAACUGGGAGUAUGUUUAUCAAUUCUUGCUAUUCCCAUUGCCAGGCAGGGAUGCAGGAAACAUGGCUCAGAGAUGACUCUCCAAGAUUAAAUAACAAGUCCAUUGCCCAGGUGGUAGGAGAUUGGUACUUCGAUCGAGGUAUGACUAAGGCAAUCGAAAACUGUGCAUACCCAUGUGAUUCCACCUGCCAUAACCGAGUGUUCGAGGGUUAGGAAAAUUUAUGGGGGCUAAAUAUUUGCAGUAAUAUGUUUAUCUAAUGUAACAGAAGCAUCUGCAUCCUCUAUAUAUUAUUUUAAAAUUCCACAACCAUAAUAAAUGGAAAAUUGCAUUGGAGAAAGCUGUGAUAGAUGUUAAUUUUCUAUCACAGGUUUCAGAAACAUUCUCAAUGUCCUAUGGAUAUCGUAACAGUUCCUAUUCUUUAUUUACCAUACAUGAAAACACGCCUUUCUCAAAGCGGUCGAUGGCUAUGAGAGGUUUAGGUUUUCUAGUCAAUUAUGUAUAUUUAAUUAAUCAAGAUAUUUUUGAGCUAAGAUAUAAAUUCUUAUUUCUUUUA